AAUAUAUAUCAUGUCAACAAUAUUUAAUACAGACCAAUCCACCGCAACAAGACAUAGAUAUCGCCAGAUUUCGAACCUCUUGAUAAAUCACCUUAGUAACUAUUUUAUUUGUCUUUCUCUAGAGAUCCAUCAUAAGGGUAUCUUCAAGCAAAAUGCAAAUUUUAAAGUCUUACUAAACAAGAAAACCAAGAGCACCCUACUCAGCCUAAAGAAUGACCAACAAGCAAAAUAGUUGACCCUAAAAUAUUUUUCAAGUUUUGAAUUGCUUCAAGACAUACUAACAUCCAAAAUAGAUGCAAAUUGCUUAACAGAAAUUUAAUAAUUGUGUAACUAUUUUUCGAAUUGAUUCAUAACAUUGUAUAUUUUAGAUAUUCAAUUGUAAUAAGCC